AGUACUUUCCAAUGUGUGUAUGCCGCGAGUAUGGCGCGAGUGAAUGUGACGUGGGUAUGAUGUUUACCGAACAUUAAGUUAGCCGGUAACAGUUCGGUAUACACCAUUCCUUAAUUCACAUUUAGCCAUUGGUUUUAUCAACACAUAGCACGAAUGCCAACUUUCGGUUUGGUUCAUGACUGUCCCGGAAGUGAAAUGUAAUUGUUCUCUAAGAGCCAUAAAAUGCCGUGGAAGGAUGUGUUAACAUUUGCUGUACAUAUUAGGGAUUGUCCUACGGUAGUCCGCUUACUCAACGAAGGCCAAUGCCCAGACGGACUGCCAAAUGGAUACCAACCACUACUACAUACAGCGGUAGAGAACAAUGAUCUAGGAAUGACCAAACUUCUACUCGCUCACGGUGCUGAUGUUAACAAAACCGAUAACAUGCAUCAAACGGCAUUAUUUCAAAGUGUAUCGCUUGACGUAGAUGUUGAGAUUUCAGAGGUUCUGAUUAGGGCCGGAGGACUAAUUAACGUUAAAGAUAUGUAUGAAAGAACACCUCUUCAUUACUUAUCAUUUUUUCCACAGGAAGUAAAACUGGCUCUUUUUCUGCUUACACCAAGCAAUGAAUUGCUUGACGCUGUAGAUUACUUCGGAAACACAGCCCUUCAUCUAUGUACCAAACCAGACCAAAGAUGCAAGUCUGGGUGUUUAUCAGUUAUGGAACAGUUGCUGACAGCUGGUGCUGACCCUAACAUACAGGAUAAUAAAGGAAGAAGCGUGUUGCAUCAUAUGUCAACUCAAUACAUGCCCGAGACAAAACUGCUCCUAUCGAAAGCUAAGCGUAUCAACUAUCUCGUCUCGGAUAAAGAAGGCAACAACUUCAUGCACAACCUUAUUGCUAAUCCAGCACUACAACCAUCGUAUCUGAUCGAUAUCUUAGAAUCACCAUUUAUUCCCAAACCAUUUUGGAAGGUUCUCCUCAAUGGCACGAAUAUGUAUGAAUUAUCGCCAUUUGCUAUGUAUUUUGAAACAGCGUUUUGCAACGAAAGCACCGUCUGUAAAAUGAUCGAACUUGGCGCUGAUGUUGAUAUACCAGAUGGAUUAGGUGUAACGCCACUGAUGAAAUCAGCCACUUUUAGUUUGGACGUGACGAAAACAUUGAUUCAAUAUGGCGCUGAUCCGAACUUACAAGAUAUCACCGGGAAAAAUGCCAUUCACCUGGCGAUGAAUUCUGCUAUUGUGUCGUUACUUAUUGAAGCUGGUUGCAAUAUCAACAUGUGUGAUAAAUGGGGCUGUUCGCCGUUACAACAGAGUAUAUUCUCUGCUCAGGACUUAUUUGCCGAUGUAGAUGUACAGACAACACUAUUGAUGCAGGGUUCUGAUAUAAAUCACCAAGAUAUGUAUGGUGCAACGGCAUUGCAUCACGCAGUGUAUGAUGACUCUGAGUUAACUACAAGUCUUCUAAAGAUGGGUGCUGAUAGACGGAUAACAGACAAGAGCGGAAGAACGCCGACGGACGUUGCAAGGCUCCUUGGCCUUACGGAGAUGGAACAUUUUCUUCAACCAAACCAAACAAUAUCCCCUAACGAUGACAAAUCGCUGAGAUACCCUGACGAUAUAAUGGGGGACAACUUGCAAAAGUAUUUGCAUUCUUUUGAACUUGUCAAAAAGGUCGAGAAAGCAUGCGACGAUCUUUUACGAUUCAGAGAAGAGGAUACUUUAAACGACGUCCAUGCAGCAAACCAGAAUAUUAAAAAGGGGGUAACUGCUUUAAUGGAGGAUAUUGCCCAGAGGAUUGGCGAACAUGACGAAAAAUUCUCUAUACAGAUGUAUACCAGCGGCAGUUCAUCUGAAGGAACUAAAGUCGGGCUAUUCAACGAAUUUGAUUUCGUCUUCUGUUUGCCUUUCUUUACAGACAUAUGUGAGAUUGUGGAAGAUAGGUCUGCUGCUUUUUCUGGACUGGCGCGUUUAAAAUGCAAAGAUUUGUUACCUUCAAAAGAGGUGGGGCACUUUUUUGAUGAUGAAGGCUUUCUUUUAUCCUCGGAACUAAGGAAAGAAUGCGGUUCUUUGAUCAAAAGAGUACUACGAAACAAAGAUAUUUGGAAAAGAGACAAUAUCAUGAUGGGUGGAUUGGAUAUUUCAUUUGAGAGAAAUGACACAGAAAAGCCUGUUAUCAACUUUUCGAUAUCAUGGAUCGACAUGGUGCAUAGAAAACUUGAUAUCAGUAUCGAUGUAGCAUUCGGCAUCCAUAAGGCAGGAUGGUGGCCUAAAGGUGUCGAUACUGAAACAAGCCGACUAAUGACGGAUGCGGUAAAAACCACGGGUUGUCUUCUUCUGUUACAGGUACCGGAACAUAGGAGGUGGGAAGGACAACAUUUUCGUAUAUCUUGUUCGCUUAGUGAGAGUCAUGCGAUGGUGAAACUUCCGCAAUAUGUCAAAGACAGCUACAAACUUGCAAAGAUUAUGAAGGAUGUGCUGUGUCCAGGAAUUGACUUCGGAGAUGAUGAGGAUGGAUCGCCUUCAAUUUCGCUAUCGGCAGCCGAUGUAAUCAGUUCGUAUAUUUUGAAAAACUGUCUUUUCAAUGUUGUAGCAGAAGGCUACUUUGAUUCUAUUCCUGAAACAAACGAAAGCAUACAAACCAGGAGAUAUGUUAUUAACAGCACGACAGAGAUAUAUAAGCGCUUAUUAAUGGCGUCUAAGGCACAAGCUCUGCCCUGUCACUUCCUUCCGAAGGUUGAUCUCUUUAGAUACAAAACCGUGAAUCUUGAAGGUUUUGAAGAGGACACGGAUGAUUUCUUAAUGGAUCUUAACAGGACCACCAACAUAAUGUUAACUUACUGCAAAGUGAUCCUUGGUUGUCUCGGGAUUUUCGAUAUCUAAUUUAAACACGUGUUUUCAAUUUGGAUACAAAACUGUUUUAGUGAACAUUGCUAAUACAAAUCACAAGUCUAUACAUUUAAUUCAAUGUGGUUUGGAGAGCGAAAAGACAAAUUAAAUUCAGCAAUAUACUUUAUGUAUGCAUUAUUUUAGGCGGGGCCAUUUAAAAAACUUUCUGGUAUAUCUCCACGUCAUCUAACUAUAUAGUCCAGGCAAAAUGGAAAAGUGAUUACAUAAGCAACGAAAUAAGACUGAAAUUUAUACCGAAUAUGUAUGUAUGUAAUUAAUCUCAUUCGAAUUAUUAUUUUGAACGUUGAAUAAAUAACGUUAAUGAAAUUACAGAGAUUCAAACGAUCAACGGAACUUGAAUCGUUUCUAUUUUGUUCCAUGCUAUUUAAAUCCGAUUUGAUUUGACUUUAUAUUUGGCGUCGUUGCAACUGUUUACUUAUGAAGUAUGAUAAAUUUGUCACAAACUACAGAAAUAAAAAACAAUAUUGGUAUGAUUAUACAUUCGUACAGUGCAUACAUAUAAAUAUUUCACAAACCCAGUGCCUUUCCGUCCUACUUAUUUAAGAUCCAUUCGUUUCACCACGUAGACUAAGAAGACUUGUUGAUAAAAAAACAGCAUUUCAUUAAUGUUGUGGACUUGAUGUGUUUCUUUGUAGUUUUUAUCUAGUACUGUAUUUAAUUGGUAACUUUAUUCUAGAAACUGAUGUCUAUUUCAAUUAUUGCAUCCUCUUAACUGUGUUACCAAAACAAGGGUACAAAAUCAUUCUCUUUGAAAACCUUACUGUAAACGUACAUAUUUUAGCGUACUCAAAAUUUAGCGGAAAACAUAAUUUAUACACAUUCGCGCAGUGAAGAAUUAGUGCACUAUUAAUGCUUGACAUAGAAAACAAUGUACAGAAAGUUCAAUUAGCACCACUAUAAUUAAGCGGAAGGUUUCCAACGCGAAAAUAAGAUUAACUCUAAUAUAUGUACGUUUACAGUAAUUGAUUACAAUAUAUUUAACAAUUCAGAAUGUUUAUAACACUGAUGGAUAGAGCAAUAUAGAUUAUUUUGUACAUUUAUGUAAACCUGCAAAUCUUCUUCUGCCGUCCUUUUUUCUGGGACGUCUCCCUCCCUAUGUCGUUUGUUUGAUUUUUUUUUAUAUAGGCCGAUGUUAAGAUGUCGAUCUGUAUCAUAGCUCUUUAUUCGUCAUAUCUCAGCGCCUGAAAGUCAACGCUAUACCAAGUGUUUAAAAGGAUUCUUUGCCCAGUCCCCUGUGUCUGUUUCUUCCUUUUCUUAGCCGUGACCGUCUUUCCACGCUUAAGAUGGCCAUAAGUUUUGUUAAAGCAGAUUACUAUGAGUGAUAUGUAUUCACAUAUUGCAAAAUUCCGUGUGAGUCAAUGUUUGUUCAGUGUUCAUACUUUAUAACUACGAAUUUAGUUAUAUAUCGAAUUACAAAAAUGAAUUGUUUACAUAUUAAAAAACAAAAUGCAAAUAUAAUUCUUCAGCCUGAUCGAAAAAGAAAUGUAUUACGAUCCUGCAAGCGUUUAUCAUUAAGUAAGCAGUGAGUAUAUUGCAACUAAUGCUAUACUGAUAAAUUCCACCUAUACCCUUGAAAACACAAUGUAUCUUUGUUCCGAAGUUAAGAAAUUAAUAUUGUGUAAUAGUUUUCAGUUGCUCAGAAGCUAAAUUAUUUAGAAAGAGUGGUCAUAACAAUAACAAAUCCUCCUCAAACGUACUUUUAGAAAGGCAUGUUUUUGGUGUAUGCUUAUAUCAGAACGCAAAAUGUUUCUAAAUGGAAUGUCAGCUGUAAUUUUGAAUCAUAUUUAAAACUUCUCGCUAAAUUAAGCAAGGAUUUACAUCAUAUACUUAAAUAUGCUGUAUAAUAAAAUUUAUUUGCAGGUGCCUUUGAAAUAUGUAUUGCAGCUUCUUAAAAAUGAAAAAUAAUAAAUAUUGACCAUUGCGUAAUUCUCCCAACUAGCUAUGCAGUUUUAGACAGCAUUCUGAUUUAUUUUAGAGUAAAGGGUAUCUUAAUGUAAUGCUAUCACUGAAGAAAUAGACCAAUUCAUCCGAAGCAUCAGCCUUUUGUUGCCUGGUUGAGGUAGGAGAUACGAUCGAAUUUCUGAACUUUUUUCAGUAGAACUACACUGUAUUUAUUGAUAAAUUCAUAAUUAAGGUACUUUUAACGUUAACGUCUUUUGUUCAAUCACACGUGAAAACCUAUAAGCAAAGUAUGAUAUUAGUAACUAAUGUCGGUUAAUGAAGUAUAAAGACGUUCAAAAGUAUGUGGUAUGUUGUGCAGUUGUAACGAUUAAAUACAGGGAAAUGAUAUGUUAUAACAUUUGCAAAUUGCAGUAUUUCGAAUUCGAAUACCUGGUCAUGUAAUCUGUAUGGCUAAGUGGGUUUAUUAUAUUUCUAGAUGUAAUCCUGAAAUAUUCAACGCGUUGUUUGCAUAUGUUAUUUUUUGCAGUCGCAUUGUAUUUAUCAUGUUUACAGUGACACUAGUUUGUACAGCAAUACAAAUGUAUAGUGGUGUGGCUAGAGUUGAUAUGACCAACGCAGAAACUGAGGUCUCGACAGGAUUCAUCAGGCUACCAGGAAACUGAAUAGGUAUGUGUGUGAGGGUGUAUAUAUGUUUAUCAGAAUAUAUACACAGUUAAAGGAGUUUGCAUGGUUUUCUAUGUAUUUAUCUUUGUAGUUGUUGAUGAUGAAAUUAUGAAGAUUAUCAGUAUGAUGAUGAAAUUAUGAAGAUGAUUAGUAUGAUGAUGAGAUUAUGAUGUUGAUAAGUAUGAUGAUGAAAUGAUGAUGAUGAGAGUAUGUUCAUUUGUAUGAUGAUGUGAUUAUGAUGGUGAUGUGAUUAUGAUGGUGAUGAUGUGAUUAUGAUGAUGAUGAGUAUGAUGAGGAUGCUAUUAGGAUGAUGAAAGAUCUUGAGGAUAUUAUGAUCAUGAUGAUAAUUGCAAACCAUACAUUCUGGAACUGAUGUGUGUGUACGUGUGUGUGUGUGAGGUUUUUAUCUAUUUAUAUAUUAAAAAUGUCUUCAAAAAUUCAAAAAAAAAAAGGAUACAAAUGUAUACACUUUAGUUAUACCAAAAGUACUUGCAGUAGCUAGUACAAAAGAGAACACAACCACAACAUUGUUUUGAUGCUGCAUGCAAGCUUUAUUUGCGUAAGCAUAGAAACAGUUGAUCGUCAAAGUCAACUUACUUUACCUGAGACUCACUUUUCAAAAUAUACGUGAAGAUAAAAAGUGUAUUUACAUCGCAAACUCAUCAUGUAGUAUAAACAUAAUAAGUCCCAAAUUAUUGAUAUGUAUAGUGAUUGAUUGGAGUAGAAUACCUUGUCUAGGUAUUACACAUUAGUUAAAAUAAAUUUUAUCGUAUGUCGUAAUUUUGUAACCAUAUUCCAUUGAAUAUAUUAAAAACAGUUAGUAAUACAAUUAGACAAUC